GAAGAGAGUUAGUCAGUUAAAAGCAAAGUCACUCAGCAGACAUCACUGUGGACAGGAGAGAACAACGCAGAAAGAGUGUUGGUGCUUUUGAAAAGAAGAGACUGUCUCAGUCAUAUCAGGAUGUUUGGUCUCAUCUGGGCAGCUCUACUUUUCUCUGUGAGAGGCAGCAGUGCUGACACAGGUGCAUCAGUGGGGCUAAGACCAUUCUGUUUCAGAGGACAAUGUAUCACUCUUAGUGAAGGAGAAAUAACAGCAGUGGCCGGACUCUGUGUUGUGAUACCAUGUCUUUUCACCACUGGAUAUGGCUUUAUACCCCAACAUAUAGUUUGGUACAAAUGUGAACCAUCUAAACCAAAAUGUGGUGAUUCAGACAUUAUAUUCAACACUUACAAGAACAGUAAAGUUCAGUCUGGGUUCAAAGGACGAGUGUCACUAUUGGAGCCUGAUAUGAAUCAUGGGAACUGCAGCAUCAUCAUCAAUGACCUCACAGAGUCCGACUCUGGAUCAUAUCAACUCAGAGUAAAUGGUCUCCUGAAUGGGAGGGAAGUUGGAUAUACAUUCUCUUCAAGAGCAAGAGUCUCUGUUAAAGGUCUGACCCAGAGGCCCACAGUGAUGAUUCCUCCUCUGACAGAGGGACAGCAGACCACACUGACCUGCACUGCUCCUGGUCUCUGCUCUGGAUCUGUUCCUGAAAUCACCUGGAUGUGGAGAGGAGCAGGAGGGAAGGUCUCUCACAUCACAGGAAACAUCACUGCUUUCAAGACUGAGGAUCUGACUGCUUUCACUCAGAGACACAGCUCAACUUUGACCUUUAAUCCUUUGGGUACCCAGCACCACGGCACCGAUGUCACCUGUAAGGUCAGCUUUGCAAACAACAUCGCUACAGAGGAGACAGUGACUCUGAACGUGACCUUGUAUCCAAUGAUCCUAAUUAGCUCUAAGUGUGAGCUUCAGUCAGAGGUCCUGACCUGUGUGUGUAUCAGUGAGGGGUUUCCAUUACCCACAAUCAGAUGGCCGCUGUUGAAGAACCAAGCAGAGUACUCUGUUACGACCACUGUGUCAAACCACACAGUCAACAGCACCCUCACCCUAACUGUCAAGGACCACAGCAACACUGCUGUUGAGUGUGUGAGCAGCAGUGAAGUUGGGAAAGCAAAGGCAAACCUCAUCAUUGUGACUUCAGAGAGGCGAGAAGCAGAUGAACAUGGACCGUGUGCAGUGCUUCUCUGGACUGUCGUCGCUGUUGUAUCUCUCAUCGUGAAUGUCCUCUGCAUAAUCCUCUGGAUGUUCCUUUGGAUCACAAGAAAAAAGGUGAAACCAAACCAAGAGGACAGAACGUACAUGUCACUGCAGAAAACAGGCCCAUCACCAGAGUAUGAUGUGAUUGUCUAACCUCUGAGCUAACAAGUGUCAGCUUCCCCUGAGUGAAGGAGAAGACAGCAAGUCCAUACUUCCAUUCAACAUGUGUCACUUAUUUGAAUAUAAUUUUAAAUUAAAUUAAAUUAAAUUAAAAUUUAAAUUAAAUUUAGAAUUAUACAAUAAUUUUCAAUUCAUGACACCCAAUUUAGCUCCAAAUCCACAAAACCAGCCUGAAAAUGAAGGAAAUCUGAAAUGACUGCAUUAGAGUCAAUGGAGCACAGCUGUGUUGUUGUCAGACCCUGGUCUGAGACGGCCAGAUGCCGCUUUAUGAAUGGCCAGUCUGCGUCCAGGAGUGGGACUUAGCGAAAGGUCACUUGUGAUGGCAACUGUAUUUUUACUAAUAUGUCUGCGAUGCAUUCUGUAAGGUCGACCUAAAAAGGAAUCAGGAUUAUUUUUGCAGUAUGAUCUUUGUAAUUGUUUUUGAUAAUAAAGGCCACUUUUGAUAUAGAGAUCUCCUUCGCCAUGUAUCACAAACAAUAAAACACCUUAUAGCUAUAAUUAUGAAUAUUUGGCCCUAAGAACAUUGAAGUUCAAGAAAAAUCACCCAAGGAAAAGAAACGCAGAAACGACACGUAGAUAAUAUGCCCCACUUUUGACAUUCUCAACCUUUAUUUCCGAAACAGUUUCCUCUGGCAGGAAACACAACCCACAAAACUUAACUUUGGAACAGCACACACAGAAAGUGACACAUCAUGUGACUCUGUCAAGCACAAAGUAUGUUUUAACUCUUAAUUCUUCUUGUUAAAAAGGUGGACCUGAUGCUACACAGAUAUACUGCCAAAUUAAAUGAAUAAAAAAAAAAUGUUUUCUUGAAUUCUGUCAUUAAUACACCACAUGCUGAAUAUGUGCAUGUGUUUUCUGACAGCCAACAAAACACUUGUAACUCAAAGUGU